GUCGGUUUCUUGGAGCACGGAAGCUAAUCUCCAGAGAAGUAGUAGACUCUGCUGAUGGGAGGAAGUUCGAAAAGUUUCAUCUUGGGGAAUACAUGUGGCAAACUUAUGGGGUAAUAUUUGAUCGUGCUUGUAAUUUUGCCUCUGGUCUUAUUAAAAUGGGCCACAGUGCAGAGAGUCGUGCCGCAAUUUUCUCUGAUACUAGGGCAGAGUGGUUCAUUACCUUGCAGGGAUGCUUUCGCCAAAAUAUAACAGUCGCAACAAUAUAUGCAUCUCUUGGUGUGGAUGCGCUUAUCCACUCACUUAAUGAGAGGCGCGAUGGAUGGGGGAUAUGCUGCACUUUCCUCCUCCGAGAAGGCCAAAGGAAAGGAGAAGGUGGAGACCAGGGAAGCGAGCGAAACCAUAAUUGCUGUUGAAGGGGACGAAGCAACGGACAUUUGGGCCAAAAAAAUGCUGGAUAAAGUCGAUGUCGUCCUUCAGAAGCCACGUAAUUACACUGCAUCCAAAGGGCAUCAGCACAGCUCCUGCAAGCACUGAGGACCGUGACAAGAAGCUUUACGAGCCAAGGGCGGUGGCCAUCGGCCCCUACCACCGGAAGACGGAGGGUAAUUAUUUCACAAUCACGGAUGAACACAAACUGUGGUGUGUGAGGCAAGUAAUCGGCGAAAAUUACAAACGAGACCUCUCCGAGAAGGCCAAAGGAAAGGAGAAGGUGGAGGCCACGGAAGCGAGCGAAACCAUCAGUCCUGUUGAAGGGGAGGAUAACUCCAGUGCAGCAGGCGGCCUAUCCCCUGGCGAUAUCGGAGCAUAUGCAAGCCCAAGGGACGAAGCAACGGACGUUAGGGCCCAAAAAAUGCUGGAUGAAAUCGAUGUCGUCCUUCAGAAGCCAAUAUGGGCGGUGGCCAUCGGCCCCUACCGCCGGAAGACGGAGGAUAAUUAUUUCAGAAUCACAGAUGAACAGAAACUGUGGUGUGUGCAAGAAGUGAUCGGUGCUAGUUACAAACAAGACCUCGGUAAAUUCCUCGGUAAGAUGAAGGAGAGGGAACGAGAAGCUGUGAAUUUUUAUCGUGACUGUUAUGGGACAGACAAUAACUUCGGCAUGGAUUCCCAAAGUUUCCUGGAGAUGCUAAUGCUUGAUGGCUGCUUCAUCUUGUUUGCGCUUUCAUUGCCUUACAAUAUUGCCAAGCUAAUCCCUACUCUGUUUGGCUCACCCGAUAGGCCAUGGGCACAACGUGAUAUACUGGAGGCAUCGGAGCUUGUCAAGACUGACUUGCUGUUGCUCAACAACCAAAUCCCUUUCUUUAUCCUUGAGGAUGUUUUCGAGAUGAAAAAUGAUAUUGACCCAACAAAUGAGAUGCAGAAUGGAGGCACUGAAGGCAACGGCUCAAUCAGAAAACUUGCUUUCGAUUUUUUUUAUUUUCUCGAUUUAGGAGGGAACAGUUGGGAAGUGACACAAUUUAUGGAGGUUGAUCAUCUGCUUCAUUUGUACCACUUGUCUUUGCAGCAACCGAUGCGUUUUUAUGAAUUCGUUUUGGAAGUUAUUCGUCCAUUUAUGGGUGCACUGCGCUCUCUCCCCAGCGCAACAAAGCUCCAAAAAAAGUCUGCGGUGAAUUUUAAGGUGAAAAAAAUGGAAGGUGUGCCGCAAAGCGCACUUGACGUAACGACGUGCAAAUCUGGAGAUAUCCAGAUGCCGGUCUUGCGCAUCAGAGACCAUACCAAUAUUCUCCUCCAUAAUUUAAUCAGCUUUGAAAAGCCUCUUGGCAUCAUGAGCUCGCACAUCACAGCCUACGUCGCAUUCUUGAAUCACAUCGUGGGGAUGGAAGAAGACGUGGAGCUGCUUGAAACUAGGAGGGUGUUGGAGCACAGAUUGAGCGGCCCUGCGGAGGUGGUCGUUUUCUUCAGGCAAUUACAUAAUGUGAUCGAUCAUUCUAAGACGCCGGGUUACUUGGCUAGCGUAUACCAGGUGGUGAAUGAUUGUUGCAACAGCAAGUGGCGCCAACUGUAUGCCGAUGCGAAGCAACGUUAUUGCUCCAAUGUAUGGAUGAGCAUCUCGUUUGUUGCCGGUAUCGCUCCAUCAGUUGCCGCCCUCAUCCAGACCAUCUACACCAUCACCGGCUCCUAUAAAAAAUGA